CAAUGCAAAACCACUUUCACAUUCACCUCAUUGCACAAACAUAGGAUUCCUCUUCCUAGCUAGUUGAUUAGAAAACACACUGUUGUACACUCUUAACACUUCCAUCAUAACUUCUGGAGAAAAAUGUCAUCAUCCACGAGGGAGAGUGCAAGAUCCAUCGGGGAGGCGGUGUGCAACAGCCUCGUUCGCAGAAUGGUGAGCCUCCCUAGAAACAUACUAGGAGGUUUCUCAAGAACCAUGAACCAAGGAAUUGACAUGAUAGGAAUUGGAGCAAGAAGAAACCAAAACUUCCACUCUCAACACCCCUCAAACUUGCCAUUUCAGGAUCCUUUCAACCAUCCACCCCCUUUGAUCCAAGAGGAGUGGGCUUUCCUAUCCACAUUCGAGCAGCAAUAUGGCCACACGCACCCCUUCUUCUACGCGUGCCGCCUCAUGGAAGCGCUUAAGAUAUCCCGGGAAGAGCACAAGUUGAUGUUCAUGUACAUCCACUCACCAGACCAUCCAUUCACUCCCAACUUCUGCAGAGAGACUCUUUCAUCCGAGCUCGUGGUGCAGUUUCUUGAUGCAAAUUUCGUUAGCUGGGGUGGGAUAUCGAGCAGGGGAGAAGGCCUGCAUAUGGCAACAUCUUUGAAGGCCUCUAGCUUCCCAUUCUGUGCCAUUGUUGCCCCUACUCCUGGUGAUAAUCUAGCUGUGGUGCAGCAGAUGGAAGGUCCAGUUUCACCUGCUGAAUUAGUGGAAAUCUUGCAGACAACACUUGAGGAACAAGGGGUGGCGUUUGGUAGCGGAGGAAGGGCUAAUCUGGAAGAAGGGAGACGAGCAGAUCUACGCUUGAAAGAGGAACAAGAUGCUGCUUAUUUAGCAGCUCUCAAGAUAGAUCAGGAGAGUGAAAGAGAAAGACAAUCCAAGAAGAAGUCAAGUCCAAAAUCUAUCAGCAAACUGCCUAACAAAGCUGCAGAAACUUUUUCAAACACAAGCAAAAAGGGUGAAGAAACUCAAAUUCUGAUUCGUUUCCCAAAUGGGGAGAGAAGGGAGAAGAGCUUCUUGUCCAGUGAUCAGAUUGAAGCCAUUUACAGAUAUAUUGAUUCAUUAGGCCUUACUGCAGUUGGGAAUUAUAGGCUGAUAUCCAACUUUCCAAGAAAAGUGUAUGGUGCUGAUGAAAUGAGCAUGACUCUCAAAGAUGCAGGCCUCAAUUCUAAAGCAAGCCUCUUUUUGGAGAUGCUUUGAUAAUAUGUGUAGCUCUUAGUGCUCAUAAACUUGACUUGAGCUUCUAAAUAGUUGUGUUAUGCAAAAACUGCAGCUGGCUGUUUACAUAUAUAGUAUUUGUGAUUAGAUGAAGUUUCAGUGUUAAGAGUACUUUUGUUGGAAUUUUUCUUCUCAGUGUUAUUGUUAGCUCAAAUGAA